AUGGGUUGCUACGACUGCUGUAUGCGCUGUUUGGGGGGGGUGCCGUAUUGCUCCCUGGUCGCCACACUGCUGUGUUUCUCUGGCAUCGCCCUCUUCUGCGGCUGUGGGCACCAGGCGCUCACAGAGACCGAGAGACUCAUCGAGACUUACUUCGCCCGCAACCUUCAGGACUACAUCACCCUUGCCUACAUCAUACAAUAUUUCCAGUAUGUCAUCUACGGCCUGGCCUCCUUUUUCCUCCUCUACUGCAUCGUGCUGUUGGCCGAGGGCUUCUACACCACCAGCGUUGCCAGGCAAACCUUCGGAGAGUUCAGGAGCACCAUGUGCGGCCGCUGCCUCAGCUCCUCGUUCAUAGUGUUGACAUAUGUACUGGCUGUGCUGUGGCUGCUGGUGUUUGCCUUCUCCGCCCUGCCUGUCUACUUCUUCUACAACAUGGACGCCACCUGCCACACUAUCGACGUCCUGACCGAGACCCCAGCGAGUAUCAACCAGCUCUGUGUCGACGCCAGGCAAUACGGGCUCCUGCCAUGGAAUGCAGUGCCAGGGAAAGCCUGUGGUAUGACUCUGUCCAACGUUUGCAAGACCAGAGAGUACCGAACGACCUACGACCUCUACAUCGCUGCCUUCGGCGGAGCGGGCAUCACUCUGUUGGCUCUGGUGCACGGUUGCGUGCACUUGGCUGUGUACCAGGUGUACCAGAGGAAGCUGAGGCGCAGGGUGAAAGAGAGCUCAGGCUACGACCUGUGUGGGAGGCUGCAGAGGGACAGAGGGGGGGUGCUGUGUUCUCCGUACCCUGCAGUCAUGCCGGACGCCUCCUGA